UAACUUGGCCUCUCUACUACUUCCCAACUCAAACUGCACCAUCUCCCUCUCUCUUUCUCCACUUCCCACUCCCACUUUCCCCUCCUUUCAAUAACACACACCCUCCCUACACCCUCCCUUCACUCGCUCUCUUCUCUCCUUCUCCAUUUCUCGUCCCAUUGGCAAAACUAAGCAUGUCUAGUAGAAGGUCCAGGCAGUCCGGAGGCUCCAGAAUCAGCGAUGACCAAAUCAUUGAACUUGUUUCUAAGCUUCGUCAACUCGUACCUGAGAUUCGCCAUCGUCGCUCCGACAAGGUAUCAGCUUCAAAAGUCCUCCAAGAGACCUGCAAUUACAUUAGAAACUUGCACAGGGAGGUUGAUGACCUAAGUGAGAGACUCUCUCAGCUGUUGUCUACAAUAGAUGCUGAUAGUGCAGAGGCAGCCAUAAUUAGGAGCUUAAUUAUGCAAUAGGGAGGAAGAAUAAGAAGAAGGGUGUUGGUUUG